AUGACAGCGCAGUCAUUACGGGAGAUAACCGCCCAUAAUAUCCGUACCUUCAAAACUCACUAUGUCUCCGAAAUAUCUGGAUCCCUAGGCGAUCUGGGGACCUUUCUCCCCAUCGCCAUCGCGCUAGCAGUGAACGGCACCGUUUCCCUAGCUAGCACUCUCAUUUUCUCCGGUAUAUACAAUAUUUUGACCGGGAUGUAUUUCGGCAUCCCACUACCUGUCCAACCAAUGAAAGCGAUCGCUGCCGUGGCUAUAGCCCGCAACUUUUCCAACGGCUCAAUCUCCGCCGCCGGGAUCUUCGUUGGCGCUUGUGUUCUCGUUUUCAGUGUUACCGGUCUGCUGCGCUGGUUCGCAAAUGUCAUUCCUAUCCCUGUGAUCAAAGGAAUCCAGGUCGGUGCGGGCUUGUCGUUGGUUAUCUCGGCUUGCGGAAGCAUGCUAGCGCCCUUGGGAUGGGUCGGCCCUUCUUGGGCCGAUAAUCGGAUUUGGGCGCUUGCUGCUUUUGUUGCCCUUGUAACUACCAAUAUCUAUCGACGUGUUCCGUAUGCUUUGGCGUUAUUCGCGCUUGGGCUCUUGUUCGCGAUUAUCCGGACUGCGCUCGCUGGCCAUCUUCCUGCAUUUGAAAUUUGGCAUCCGUUUAUCGUCGUGCCGACUCCUUCACAGUGGAGGGUUGGUGCUAUUGAUGCUGGUAUCGGCCAGAUCCCACUCACCACUUUGAACUCUAUCGUCGCUGUCGUUCAUCUUGCACAUGACCUAGUGCCGAAUGUCCGCACGCCUUCGAUCACGCACAUCGGUUUAAGUGUCGCUGGUAUGAACCUGUUGGGCUGCUGGUUUGGCGCGAUGCCCGUCUGUCAUGGAUCUGGUGGUCUGGCAGCCCAGUAUCGAUUUGGUGCCCGGUCGGGUGCCAGUGUCAUCUUCCUUGGCGUCCUGAAGCUCAUCAUUGGACUUUUGUUUGGCGAAACUCUUGUCGACUUGCUGAAACGCUUCCCGGCGGCAUUCUUGGGUGUGAUGGUUAUCGCCGCUGGUCUUGAGCUUGUUGGUGUCGGUGAGAGCCUGAACACCUCUGCUGCCCGGGACAUCGGCCAGGCUGGAAGUCACAUGUUGGGAAUUCCAGACCAGCACAUUGGCCCUGUGCUCACCGAUGAAGAGCGCAAACGACGAUGGACAGUGAUGAUGGUGACUGUUGGCUUGUUGGUGGGAUUCAAGAACGAUGCCAUUGGGUUCAUUGCCGGCAUGUUGUGUCAUGCGGCUUAUGAACUUCCAACAUGGUGGGAGAAAGCCCGGGCCCGGUGGUCAGAGGGGCGUGUCCAACUUAGUUGA